AAAGAGACACCCGCCGCCUCAAGAGCCUGAAACCGAAACAAAGCACAAAGCUGGGUUGGAACUGAGGAAAUCUUUCAUAGAGCACGGCUUGGGAGAAGAAACAAGAGGAAUCUUUUGCGUUUACCCAGAGUCCCCUAGUUAUCUUUUUCUACGUAUAUCGUCAGGACUUUUUUUCUUUAUUUACAUAUGUUUCUCAUGUAAAGGGAAAAUCAAAUCUUCUUUCUUUCCUUCUGUAUUUGCCUUUUGGUUUUGGCUCCGUUCGAAGAAGAUUAGACUAGACUUUUGAGAGUCAGAAAGCCCACCAUUGAAAAUCCUAGGAAGAGAAAGCAAAAGAAGAAAAGGCAAAAGCUUUGUAAAGACCGCCAUUGUGAACAAGGACCAAAGAGGAACCGGGUCUCUUAGUGGGCGACUAUAACCAGUGCUUCUGGAAAUAAAAUAGCGAAAAUGAAAUACGUUUUGGUGACGGGUGGUGUAGUAAGCGGUCUCGGCAAAGGUGUUACUGCUAGCAGUAUAGGACUCCUCCUUAAAGCCUGUGGACUUCGUGUUACUUCCAUUAAGAUUGAUCCUUACCUAAACACAGAUGCGGGGACAAUGUCUCCUUUUGAGCACGGGGAAGUAUUUGUCUUAGAUGAUGGUGGUGAGGUGGACCUUGACCUUGGAAACUAUGAACGAUUUUUAGACAUCAAGUUAACCCGUGACAACAAUAUUACAACUGGAAAAAUAUAUCAGUCUGUUAUUGACAAGGAGAGAAAAGGAGAUUACCUUGGAAAGACAGUCCAGGUUGUUCCACACAUUACGGAUGCCAUUCAAGAGUGGAUAGAGCGUGUAGCAAAAAUACCAGUGGAUGGACAAGAAGGUCCAGCAGAUGUUUGUGUCAUCGAAUUGGGCGGAACAAUAGGAGAUAUUGAAUCUAUGCCAUUUAUUGAGGCGCUUGGCCAAUUUUCAUACCGUGUAGGCCCUGGUAAUUUCUGCUUAAUUCACGUCAGCCUUGUCCCUGUUCUCAAUGUCGUUGGUGAGCAGAAAACAAAACCUACGCAGCAUAGCGUUCGGGGACUUAGAGGACUUGGCUUGACGCCAAAUAUUCUAGCCUGUCGGAGUACAAAGGCACUUGAGGAGAAUGUUAAGGCAAAACUUGCUCAAUUUUGCCAUGUGCCGGCCGAAAACAUUGUCACUCUCUAUGAUGUUCCAAACAUAUGGCAUGUUCCUCUGUUAUUAAGAGAUCAGAAGGCACAUGAAGCUAUCCUGAAAGGGCUGAACCUUGGUGUCACUAGGGAGCCUGAUUUAAAGGAAUGGACUGCGAGGACAAUAGUUUUUGACAAGUUGCAUGAUCCAGUUAGAAUUGCCAUGGUUGGAAAAUACACUGGCCUUUCAGAUUCUUACCUCUCUGUUUUAAAGGCUCUUUUGCAUGCUUCUGUCGCUUGCCACCGGAAGCUUAUUUUAGAAUGGGUUGCAGCUUGUGACCUUGAAGACAUGACUGCUGAAGAGACCCCUGAUGUUUAUAAAGCAGCAUGGGAUUGUUUAAAGGGUGCUGAUGGUGUUCUUGUUCCAGGAGGGUUUGGUGAUAGAGGAGUGCAGGGGAAAAUUCUUGCAGCAAAGUAUGCUCGGGAGAAUAAUGUUCCAUUCUUGGGGAUUUGCAUGGGGAUGCAAAUUGCUGUCAUUGAGUUUGCACGAUCUGUCCUUGGUUUGCACGAUGCUAACAGCACAGAGUUUGAUCCUGAUACUCCAAAUCCUUGUGUAAUAUUUAUGCCAGAGGGUUCAAAAACUCAUAUGGGAGGUACUAUGCGUCUGGGAUCAAGGAGGACUUACUUCAAUGUUGCUGAUUGCACCUCUGCAAAGUUGUAUGGCAAUGUAAGUUUUGUUGAUGAGCGACAUCGGCAUAGAUACGAGGUCAAUCCAAAUAUGAUAUUACAACUUGAAAAUGCUGGUCUAUUAUUUGUUGGUAGAGACGAAACUGGUCAGCGCAUGGAGAUUGUUGAGUUGCCUGGUCAUCCCUACUUUGUUGGUGUUCAGUUUCAUCCUGAAUUCAAGUCAAGACCCGGGAAACCUUCUGCACUGUUCUUAGGACUAAUAGCAGCAGCUUGCCAGCAGUUGGAGACUGUCCUACAUGACCCCGGCCUUUUAAGAAAAUCGGUGACUAAUGGGAUGGCUAAUGGACACUCACCAGUGAGAGCCUACAAAAAUGAUGGCACAAUUAAGUCGUCCAAUGGGACGGUAAAUGGUGUGUAUAGCAAUGGAAAUGGCAUGCACUUGGAACGAAAUUGGUGAUCCUCAUGGCAUUUGUUCCACAGUUUUCACUCAAAGAGCUUUUUGGUAGCCGUCUGCGUCCGGUUUGUCUGUACAGCCGUUGAGUAUGGGUAGAUGUGAUAGCUUGGGGGACAUGUCUUCAGCAUGAAGAUGGUGGUUUCUUUGAAUGAUACCUUGUACUUCCAAGAAGUAUACCCCGAAGCUGAAAGUUACUACUUUGUUAGACUGAGUUUCCUCUUUUUUUCUAGUACUGGACUUUCUUGGCCUUUGAAAGAGAUAUCAACCACUUUGAAUUUUGAAAUGUAAAAGCAAAUCAUUCUGCUUUUUCCUCGCAAGACUUUACCUUUUGCAACUUCAAUUUCAUGGCACGCAUCUUGACUUGUAAUCUGCAGGUGUACCGAGCAUAGAAACAGUGCCAGUGAUAUAUUGAGUUGUAUUCUUUCUUUUACCUUCAAAAAAGUUCCAAAUCUUCGUUUUCA